UCCAAAUAUCAAUAGCAACUCCGCCAACUGUAUUUAGCUCCUCUCUCAGCCCUACCCGUGUCUCCUCCUUUCGGUUUCCUCAGAUCGUCUUUCAAAAGGUGGCUCUACUCUCUGGUAUCAGCCUCUGGGAUCUGCUUCCACUUUGUAUCGGUUUUGAGAAUUGGGUUACUUUGAGCCCUUCUGUUUGUUCUUUUGGGCUAGAAUCCUAGAAGGCAGCCAAGACAGAGAGAAAAUGGGGAUCAUUGAGAGGAUUAAAGAAAUUGAAGCCGAGAUGGCUCGGACCCAGAAAAAUAAGGCCACAGAGUAUCAUCUUGGUCAACUCAAGGCAAAAAUAGCUAAGCUUAGGACCCAAUUGCUGGAGCCUCCAAAAGGUUCUAGCGGAGGUGGAGAGGGCUUUGAGGUUACAAAAUUUGGCCAUGGACGUGUUGCACUUAUAGGAUUUCCAAGUGUAGGGAAGUCAACACUUUUAACAAUGUUGACUGGCACCCACUCGGAAGCUGCAUCAUAUGAGUUUACAACACUUACCUGCAUUCCUGGAAUUGUACAUUACAAUGAUACUAAAAUCCAGCUCCUUGACCUUCCUGGUAUCAUCGAAGGUGCUUCCGAAGGAAAGGGACGUGGGAGGCAGGUUAUAGCAGUUGCCAAGUCUUCUGAUAUUGUGCUUAUGGUUCUUGAUGCCUCUAAGAGUGAGGGACAUCGGCAAAUAUUGACGAAGGAGCUGGAAGCAGUGGGUUUGCGUUUAAACAAAAGACCACCUCAUGUUUAUUUUAAAAGGAAAAAAACCGGUGGCAUUUCUUUCAACAGUACCUUACCUUUAACUCAUGUGGAUGAGAAGCUCUGUUAUCAAAUUCUACAUGAAUACAAAAUUCAUAAUGCAGAGGUGUUAUUUCGUGAGGAUGCAACAGUUGAUGAUUUUAUUGAUGUAAUUGAGGGGAACCGUAAAUAUAUAAAGUGUGUAUAUGUUUACAAUAAGAUCGAUGUUAUUGGUAUUGAUGAUGUGGGCAAUCUCGCUCGACAACGAAAUUCUGUCGUCAUUAGCUGCAAUUUAAAGCUGAACUUAGACAGACUACUUGCAAAAAUGUGGGAGGAGAUGGGGCUUGUGAGGGUGUAUACAAAGCCACAGGGACAGCAACCGGAUUUUUCUGAUCCUGUAGUUCUUUCAACUGAUAGAGGUGGUUGCACGGUUGAGGACUUUUGUAACCACAUACAUAGAAGUUUGGUGAAGGAUGUGAAAUAUGUGUUAGUUUGGGGUAUAAGUUCUAGGCACUAUCCGCAGAAUUGUGGCCUUUCUCAUGGCCUUCGAGAUGAAGAUGUGGUUCAGAUUGUUAAGAAGAAGGAAAAGGAAGAUGGUGGUGGGAGGGGUCGAUUCAAAUCACAUUCAACAGCCCCUUCUCGGAUAUCAGAUAGAGAGAAAAAGGCUCCCUUGAAGAAUUAAGGUUCUGUUGCAGAUCCUCAGAUGCAUAAUAUUGGCUAAUAGUUGGUGUAACCCGAGUCUUAGAUGGUUUAAUUAAUAUGAUUUGGAGAAUUAUUGCAUUUUUUGAUGAUAUAUGUCGUAUUUUUUGCGCAGUAUUUUUGAAAGCGACUAGGUGCACCCGCACUGUUGAAGAGUAAUGUUAUAUACCGGUUGCCUA